AUGCCUCCAGAGAAAGAGGCCAGAAUGGCCUGCGACAUGCCAGGUAGAGCAGACUUCCUCAAACAACAGGAAAUCCUUCGGGAUCAUUGCGCAAGCGCCCUCAAGGAGCACCUCGAAGACAAUCCCGAUGUUAUUUGGACACCCGAAGAUGGCGAAGGACAGCCCCCCACCACGAAGGAAGAAGAAACUCAGCUCAAACUGAUCGUGAACAUCGAGUUCGACCCAAAAACCGACAAGCCAAUCUUGCCUCCGAUCAACAACCGACUAUCAGAUGAGUUGGUCUAUCUUGUGAGCAAAUUCACGAACGCCCUCGAACUGUCACGUCGAUACCCAUACGACUUCGACAAAAUGGGCCAUAUCAAACCCGAACGUGUGUCUUCAGGACCUUCCCCUAUCAUCUGGGCUCACGGCCUCCCUUUCUUCCCAAUCUACAAAGGGUAUUACAUCCUCUGUGGACGCGAACACGCUAAAUGCAUUGGCUGGUUGCUCCAUGAGCGAACCAGGGAGAUCAUGCAAGCCAACCCCAGCUGGUCUGUUGGGGCGGUCAUCGCACCUGAAACUGCCGUGAGUGCUCAGCAUACUAUCACUCGUCAGAUGACACAGCACAAGCCUUAUGGCCCGGAGAGAGAGUCGCGUUACAAGGGCAAAGCCUCGGCUCGCGAUUUCGUGGCUGCGGAGCACCAUCUCUGCGCUGUUCUGCCGGACCUGAUCACCCGUGAGAUUGAGGUCGGCCCGUUGUGGCAAGCCUGGGGUUACAACGUUCGUUGUGGACCUGUGAUGCGUGGCGUGAGAACAAUUAUCGUCCCGAAGGAGUUUUUCGAUAGCCAUGGUCUCGAAGAUAUCGACUAUGAACACUUUGCUAGACCGUACGGGAACCACCUGUUAGACGAGGAUGAAGAGACCGAUGAUGAAAUGAACGCAGGUGGUGGCAAUCAUCCUGGAGAUCUCGCUGGACAGAGUGAUGAAGUUGCUAGCAGUAGGAACCGGUCUGCUUCCCAAAUGGACUUCGGCAUGGACGGCGAAAGCUCGAUGGAUCUUUCAAAGCAGGCCACAGAUGGGAUCCACAAAGAGGUCUCGGAAGAGGACCCAGAAGAGUUCACAGAAGAGGCUAUGGAAGUCCGCAUGAAACAAGUCACCGGGGAAAUACUGAAAGACCUCGAAUCCACGCCCUCGGGCCUUGAGGAGGAACAACAUGCUGUUUCUAGCAGAAUUAUGAACACUGAGCUCAGCUUGGGUAUCUGGGAUUCAAUUAAGGAGUUCAUUGAUGAGCGCGGCCACGAUCAGACCAGCACUGCUGCUCUCGCUUUUACGGAUGCUGUGAUUCAAAUCGCUGCACGUGCUCACCAAACCCAGGUGCAACUGAUGAGCAAACAACCUGAAACCAAGCAGGCAGUGACUGAUGCCACCACUAAAAAUACUCUCCCUAUUGACCUGCCAAAUGCGGAGCAAAGCGCAUGCGAACAGCCCGGUACUCAGCGGUUGGAUCACGGUGCAGCUCGGGACUUGUCUGAAGUUGACGACGAGACUGGUCUCGACUAG